AAUGCACAGCUAGAAGGAGCUUGGGUGUAGGAAGGAAAGUUUUCUGUGCUAAGAAGAAGGUCCCAUCUCAAGCAUCAGCUUCUCUCUUCCUACAAAGAAUGCACUGAUCCUGCCAGCAACUGACCCUAUAGAAAUUAUUAGCUUUGUUACUAUCCUUAAGAGUGGCCAUGGCCCAGCUACGAAUGCUGUGUUUGCUGCUCUCCAUUGCCUUCGGCUCUAUAUCAGCACAGAAUGAUGAAAUAAAGACGUGUGAAGACAAGGCCAAAUGUCCCAUCAAUGUGUACUUCAUCAUUGACACAUCUGAGAGUAUAAUCCUUCAGACCGCUCCCAUCCAGAGCUUGUUGGAUCACAUGAAGAGAUUUAUUCCUGCUUUCCUGGCAAAGCUAGAGAAUGAGGCCUACCUAGAUCAGGUCUAUAUGAACUGGCAAUAUGGAGGUCUACAUUACUCAGAUGAAGUCCAGAUCUUCAGCCAGCUCACCACUGACAAGAAUGAAUACAUUUCGAAACUACGAGGAGUCCAGUACAUUGGCCGAGGCACCUUUACAGACUGCGCCAUCUCUAACAUGACCGCUCAGAUAAAGGCGCAGAUGCAGAACCAGGUUGGGCAAGGAGGACGUGAACCUGUGAAUUUCGCUGUGGUGAUCACUGAUGGCCAUGUAACUGGUAAUCCAUGUGGAGGAGUGAAGACACAGGCAGACAGAGCACAGCUCGCCGGUAUCAAGCUUUUCUCAGUAGCUGCCAGUCGCGAUGUUUAUGAAUCUGGCCUUCGUGAGAUUGCUAACAUGCCACAUGAGCUCUUCAGGAAUGCUUACUCAGUGACCAGACCUGAUGACCAAACCGAGAUUGAUCAGAGAACCAUCGAUAAAAUCAUUCAAGUUAUGAAACACGAGGCUUAUGGAGAGUGCUACAGAUUGAGCUGCCUGGCGAUUUCGGGACCUCCUGGUCUGCAUGGUCAGAGAGGACAGAAGGGUGCCAAAGGUAAUGCUGGUGAACCUGGAGAUCUUGGUCUGAAAGGACGGCAGGGAGAUCCUGGAAUUGAGGGACCAAUUGGAUAUCCUGGACCCAAGGGUGUUCCUGGUGCUAAAGGAGAAAAGGGAGAUUUUGGUGCAGAUGGAAGGAAGGGCAUACCCGGGAUUUAUGGAAGAAAUGGUACAGAUGGGCAGAAGGGCAAGACAGGUCGGAUUGGUGCUCCUGGAUGUAAAGGAGAUCCUGGAGAUAAGGGUCCUGAAGGCUAUCCAGGAGAUGCAGGAGACAGAGGAGAAGAUGGAGACCGUGGAAUUAAAGGUGACCCCGGCCGGCCUGGAAGUAGUGGAUUACCUGGGUCUUUUGGAGAGAAAGGAAAUAAGGGUCCUGCAGGAAAUCUUGGCGCUCCUGGAUCCCCAGGUGUGAAAGGGAAUAAAGGUGGACCUGGAAUUCAAGGACCAAAAGGGGAGCCAGGUCGUAGAGGAGAUUCUGGCACCAAAGGAAGUGCAGGAACUGACGGUCCCAAAGGAGAGAAGGGUGAUCCUGGACCAGAGGGUCCACGAGGACUCGGUGGAGAAGCUGGUGUGAAAGGAGCAAAGGGUGAUCGUGGAGCUCCAGGCCCAAGAGGAGUUCAAGGACCUGCUGGUGUACCUGGCAGAAAUGGGUCACGAGGAGACCCAGGUGACAUGGGAGAAAGAGGGAACCCAGGGCCAGCAGGACCUAAGGGAGACAGAGGAAGACCUGGUAUUAGUUAUCCAGGACCACGAGGUCCUUCAGGAGAUAAAGGAGAAAAGGGAUUCCCAGGACCACAGGGAGGACGUGGAGACUUUGGUCUCAAAGGAGCAGCAGGACCAAAGGGAGAGAAUGGAGAGUCUGGUGACCCUGGACCUGUAGGAGAACCAGGCCCCCGUGGACCAACUGGAGGUUCUGGACUUCAGGGUGACUUAGGACCUUCUGGAGACCCUGCUUUGACAGAAUGCGAUGUCAUGACCUACGUUCGAGAGACAUGUGGAUGCUGUGACUGUGAGAAACGUUGUGGUGCUCUGGAUAUUGUGUUCAUUAUUGACAGCUCCGAAAGUAUUGGAUACACAAACUUUACUCUGGAGAAGAACUUUGUCAUCAAUGUUGUGAGUAAACUGGGAUCUAUCGCUAAAGAUCCAAAGGCUGAUAUUGGUAAGUUGUAUUUCUUCAUGGAUUGAACUACAUAGCAUUCA